AUGAGCUCACUAAACUUCUCUCCUCCUGUUAAAGAAGAGGAGGUCUGCUGGACGGAGAAAGAGGGUCUGUGGCUGAACCAUGUCGUGAAAGAGGAAGAGAAAGACGUUUCAGUUAAAGACGAGGAAUACGAGUUCAGAGUGAAAGAGGAAGAGGAUGAUGUUACGGUAAAAGAAGAGGAGAUGGAAGUUACAGUGAAAGAAGAGAAAGACGAGUUCAGAGUGACAGAGGAAGAGGAGGAGGUUACUGAGGAGGAAACGGAAGACGAGUUCAGAGUGACAGAGGAGGAGGAUGCAGUGUUUGGAGUGAAGGAGGAGGAGGAGGAGGAGGGAGAGAUAACUGAGAGAACUCCGGGGCGCUCUGCAGUGCGUUCCUGUCCGCUUUGCCCUAAGGUUGUGGUCGGCUUCAGUCAGCACCUGAGGCACACGCACAAUGUGAGGAACACGGAGGAGAGGAUCCUCCUUUGUAAUUGGCAGUCGGGCCGUGUCAACAUCAGGCAGGAGCCGUGCCCAGUGACAGGAUGCUCCACCCAUGUCAGCAGGCUGGACCGGCACAUGGAGUCGCACACAGAGCUCGACAGAUCGCAGAGGAGACGGGCUUUAGAGGAACUCAGGAGACGGCUGACCAUGGAGCGGCUGGCCACGUUGAGGGCGUCCAACCCUGUCGUCCCGCUGGCCACCCAUUUGGAUAUCGUGGAGUGGGAAACAAAGCAGGAAGAGGAGGACGACUCUUUAGAUUCACUGCUGUCUCCUUUGGAAGAGGAGGAGGAGGAGGACGUGAGCUGCGGAGAUUAUUCCUGCCACUGCCAGGUGCCCAUCCUGAGGCUACGGAAAGCUUUGCAAGAGCGGGAUGAGGCCCUGACCAAGAGAAGUGCGACCAUCCAAUCCGUUAGAGAGGACAACCUGAAGCUGACCUCGGAACUGAAUAGAGCGAGGAAGAGGUAUCAGCUACUGAAAAGGCAGAAGACGAGUGUCAGCGCGAGGUCGGCAAACGCAAGGUCAGCGAAGAGGUCCAGGUUUCAGACCGAGCCAUCUCGUCCUGCGUCAGACACAGAACAAGAGGAGCUACAGCGGGACCAAGUCGUGGGUUCAGGAGCCCAGAUAGAGGAGGCCACGGCGCUCAGAUCUAGCAGCCAAACUCCCUUCCCGGGCUCUGCUCUGAGUGUGUUUAUAGAGGGGUUCAGGAAGAUCUGUGAAGGCCCCAGUCCAAACAAUAAGCUGAAGCAAAAUUGUGCCGUGAAGCUCAAGAUGGUGCAACAAUUUUUGAAGUUCAUGGCGAAGGAUGAGAAAUAUCCAUCCCCUCUCAGUUUCCUGGCAGACCGGGACAACAUGAGGAGAUGGUUUCAGACCCUUCAGCAGAACAAGGCCGUCGCCAUGGUCAACCACUACACCUCGACUAUCGGUGCAUUUCUCCAGUACUCCGAGGAGACCCCUCCGCCUGGCUGCCGGCUGACCAAAAACCACUGGAAGGAGAUCAAUCGGGCAAUGAAGGAGAUCAACAAGUCCGUGAAAGGAGCCGUCUCCAACAAGGAAGGCAAGGGGGUGUCUAUAAAGAGCCUGCUGGAGUGCCAGUCUCUUGCCAAGGACAAGAUCCCCCAAGUGCUGAAAACCUUGGCAGAAACAAUGACACAGAGGAACCAGAACCGGUUUUACGGAUUCCUGUGUGCCUAUUUCACCUCCAUGUACGGCCACAGCCCGGGCCUUUAUAGAAACAUGAUGGUGAAGGAGGUGGAGGAGGUCCAGUGGGGCCUGUCUGGGACCUGUCUGAUCAACGUGGGAAACGCAAAACAAAUGCAAACCAGGAUCCAGAUGUCGCUGACCAAAGAGGAGUACUCUUGGUUUUCAGACUUCCUGAAAUUCAAGCACUGCCUGCCAGGGGGAAAGAAAGCCCAGUACUUCUUUUUCAAUUCCACCAACACUGAGAUCAAGAACCUGCCCGUCUACCUGAGGGAGGCGUGGAAGGAGAUGGGCCUGCCUGGAAGCCCUACCUUCACUGACCUGCGGACUUCCAUCUUCAGUCAUGUUAAAAACGUUGUCCCGAAUGCCGACGGGGAAACGUUGUCCGACUUCGUGCGCCACGACAGCCGGACGGAAGCCAAACGUUACGCGAUGAAUCCUUCCAAAGCCGGUGAAACCAGCGCCUUCCUGGAGAAGGCGGUGAAGGGAGAAGAUACCGCACCGCGGGCGCCGCAGAGAACCAGCCAUCCACCUCCAGAAAGCAGGAGACGAGAGAGGACGUCUCCGAGCGGAGCACCACCCCUGAAGAGACCGAGGUGCAGUACUAGGAGUCUGGCACGUCCGCCGGGGAGGAGGAGCAGGAACGGACGGCCAGACAAAAAAUAAGAUAUUCAGAGACAACGCAUCAGAUUACACUUGUACACCGUUUAACACUCAAGAACAAACAGAUACUCGGGCAUGGUGGUCUCCUCCAACUGAAGGACAUGGUGGUCUCCUCCAACUGAAGGGCAUGGUGGUCUCCUCCAACUGAAGAGCAUGUUGCUGCUCGCCUCCCACUGUGUCAGGUUAUGAAGCAGCUGAGGUCCAUUUAAAGCCCCAAACAGACUCCAGGAGAAAGAAGGACGAGGAAAGACUUCUGACAGUCAGUUGGAAGAGAGGGGUUGACUUCUGACAGUCAGGUGGAAGAGGGGGGUUGACCUCUGACAGUCAGGUGGAAGA